AUGCAGCAAGACAGUUCGUCUCAAUCGGAAGAAGCAUCUAUGCAGCAUUUGCUGCAACAGGUGUUGCAGCAGCAGCAGCAGCAGCAGCAGCCGCAGUCGCAGCAGCAGCCGCAGCUGCAGCCGCAGCCGCAGCCGCAGCUACAGCCGCAGCACCCGCAGCAGCCACAGGAACAGCAGCAGGAACAGCAGCAGGAACAGAAGCAGGAGAUACAAAAACGUAAAAUAAAAAAAAAAGAGGUGCCGGCCGCUCACGGGCCCGCUGGCGAGCCCAACGGGGCCUACGAGGUGCUGGCCGGGGUGGCAGCCGAAAUAACGGCCGAGAUAACGGUCAAGGAGGCAGCCGAGGAGGCAGCCGAGGUGGCGGCCGAGGUGGCGGCCGAGAUAUGCGUUAUCCGUAGUCCUAACGUGAACAUUGACUACGUGGUACAUGUCCACGUCGUUAAUAUUAUGAGGGCGCUGAAGGACACUUAA